GACAUGAGGAUGAACAAAAGAAAAUUAGCCAGAAAUACCUAAAUCAUUUUUAUUUCAACACAGGGUAUGUUCGAGCCAUAUCUGAAAAGUUUCUUUGUGCGCUCCAGUGAUCCUACACAUAUUAAGGCCUUGAAACUUCAGGUUCUGACAAACCUUGCAACAGAUGCCAACAUAUCUGUAAUACUGCGAGAAUUUCAAACCUACAUCGGAUCCUCUGAUAAGGAGUUUGUUGCUGCUACAAUCCAGGCCAUUGGAAGAUGUGCCUCAAACAUAAGAGAAGUUACGGACACCUGUCUUAGUGGCCUUGUGUCACUUCUCUCCAACAGGGAUGAGUCUGUUGUGGGUGAGAGUGUUGUAGUAAUCCGGAAAUUACUGCAGAGUGAGACAGUUGGUCACAAGGACAUCAUCAGCCAUAUGGCUCGACUUGUUGAUAACAUCAAGAUUCCCAUGGCUAGGGCAAGCAUCCUUUGGCUCCUGGGAGAGUACUGUGACAAGGUGCCCAAGAUUGCUCCUGAUGUACUCAGGAAGAUGGCCAAGACAUUUAUCACAGAGGAGGACAUAGUAAAGUUGCAGAUCCUGACUCUAGCCACGAAGCUGUAUUUGACAAACCCCAAACAGACUCGCCUUCUCUGCCAGUAUGUGUACAACUUGGCAAAGUAUGACACCAAUUAUGAUAUUCGUGACAGGGCUAGGUUAACAAGAGCUCUUGUGUUUCCAUCUCAAGGGCAUGAAGAUAACAAACUUGCUAAGCAUGCAAAGAAAAUAUUUUUAGCAACCAAACCACCUCCAGUUCAACAGUCAAGUUUUAAAGAUCGGGACCAAUUCCAGCUGAGCACACUCUCUCACUUCAUCAAUGCCAGAGCCAGUGGUUACCAGGACCUUCCUCCAUUCCCUGAUGAAGCCCCAGACCCAAGUGUUCGUAAUGUAGAGAUGCCAACGCCAGUCACCCCUGUCUUCAAGUCCGCUCACCAAAAGAAGAAGCCACAGAAGGUGAAGUCGUUCUACUCAGAUGAAAGCUCACCAGAAGAUGAGAGUGACGAGGAGGAGAGUGAGAGUGGAAGUGAGAGCGAUAGUGAAAGUGACAGCAGUGAAAGUGACAGUUCAGAGAGCAGUAGUGAGGAGGAGAGUGAAUCUGACAGUGAUGAUGAUGAGGAUGAAAAGCAGAGGACAAGAGGGAAGGCCAAGAGAAAGUCUGGCAGUGGAGGUAGAAAACGGGAAGCAUCCUCUUCAGAGAGUGAAUCAUCAAGUGAUGAAGAAUCAGAGAAUUCUGAGACAUCAGAUGACGAUGCCAAGAAGAAGAAAUCGAAAGAGAAGGCGAGUAAUAGGAGCAAAGCAACACAAGGAGGAGGGAACCGCACAAACUUAGACCUUCUCCUUGACCUUGAUGACAUUCCUCCAACUAUGGAUACUCCGCUGCUCACUCCUUCCUUGGGGGGUCUCCUGACACCCACUCCAACAGCACAGCCUGCCCAACCAUUACCUCCUGGGGCUUCUAUUCAACCAGCCUCAGCAAAGUUUGUACCUACAACUACUCAUGAACUCCUGAAUAGAUUUACUGGAGGUGGGCUUUCUGUGGGAGCACGUUUCACCCGAUCCCCACACCUCUAUUCACCCAGAAUGACAUCAGUAGAACUCACUUUCACAAACACUGGAAGUGAAGAAAUCCGUGACAUUAGCAUUGGCAGGAAGAAACUAGCACCAGGAAUGUCUCUACAUGAGUUUGCUGGCAUUGCAGUACUAAAUGCUGAUACCACACUCCAUGGCACUCUUGGUGUGGACUUCAAUGACACCACCCAGCCAGCAGUAUUCGAUCUGAUUGCUGGGGGACGUACAUUUAGCAUUAGUGUUACUGCUCCGAUUGGGGAACUGAUGACUCCACUGGCAAUGAGUGAAGCAGACUUCAAUCUGAACCAGGGAAAGUUAAGGGGAAUGAAUGAACUGAGUGGGACAGCAAAGCCUCCAAGUGGACAGAAGAACAUCAAGGCUCUUGUUGACCAUGUGUAUGAGAUUGCCAACCUCCUACAAGUGCAGAGUUUGAGUGACAGUGUAUUGAAGUUUGGAGGUCAGACAGCUUCAGGGAAAGUUUUGGUGCUUCUGAGCUUGUCCGUCCCAGAGGAUACAGCUGAAUGUUCAAUCACCAUCAACUGUGAGAAGAUGGUUGUUUCAUCAAUGCUUCUGAAAGAGUUGCAGUCAGCUUUAGCCAAGGACUGAAA